AUGGGCCGCUACCGCAUCCAAGUGGCCACCGGGGCCUGGCUCUUCUCUGGGUCUUUCAACUGCGUGCAGCUGUGGCUGGUCGGGGAGCGCGGGGAGGCGGAGCUGGAGCUGCAGCUGAGGCCAGCGAGGGGACAGGUGGCGGAGUUCGAACAGGACAUUCCCCAGGACUUGGGGCCACUGCAGUUCCUGAAGGUGCGCAAACACCACUCUCUGGUGGACAACGCCUGGUUCUGCAACCGCAUCACCAUACAGGGCCCAGGAGCCUUAGAGGAGGCCGCCUUCCCCUGCUACCGCUGGGUGCAGGGCGAGGGCGUGCUGACCCUGCCUGAGGGCACCGCCCGCCUGGCAGGAGAGAGUACCUUGGACAAGUUCCAGAAGCAUCGAGAGAAAGAACUGAAGGAAAGACAGCUGAUCUACCGUUGGGCCACCUGGAAGGAAGGGCUACCCCUGACAAUAGCUGCGGACUCUGUGAAGGAUCUGCCCCCAGAUAUGAAAUUUCAUGGUGAAAAGAGGCUGGACUAUGAACACAGAGAGAAGACAGGGGCUCUGGAGAUGGUCUUCAAACGUGUUUACAACCUCAUGAACCCCUGGGACAGUCUGGAGGCUUUUGAUCAGAUCUUCUGGGGCCCCAAGAGCACUCUUUGUGAGAAGGUUCAUCAGUGCUGGCAGGAUGAUGAGCUUUUUGGCUACCAGUUCCUCAAUGGCGCCAACCCCAUGCUGUUGAGACGCUCCACCUCUCUGCCCUCCCGGCUGGUGCUGCCCUCAGGGAUGGAGGAGCUUCGUGCCCAGCUGGAGGAAGAACUCCAGAAGGGUUCCCUCUUUGAGGCCGACUUUAUCCUGCUGGAUGGAAUUCCAGCCAACAUAAUCCAAGGAGAGCAGCAGUACCUGGCUGCCCCCCUUGUCAUGCUGAAGAUGGAACCCAGUGGGAAGCUGCUGCCCAUGGCCAUUCAGAUCCAGCCUCCCAAUCCCAGCUCCCCCAUCCCACCAAUAUUCCUGCCUUCAGAUCCUCCACUUACCUGGCUCCUGGCAAAGACCUGGGUCCGUAGUUCAGAUUUCCAACUGCAGCAGCUCCAAUAUCACGUGCUGAACACUCAUCUGCUGGCUGAGGUCAUCGCUGUAGCCACCAUGAGGUGCCUCCCAGGACUGCACCCUGUGUUCAAGCUCCUGAUCCCACACACGCGCUACACCAUGGAGGUUAACAUCAGAGCGCGGACCCAAUUCGACUCUGAUAGUGGAAUAUUUAAUCAGGCAAUGAGCACAGGUGGAGGAGGCUAUGUGCCGUUGUUUCAUCGGGCCAUGGCUCAACUGACCUACCGCUCCCUCUGUCCUCCUGAAGAUCUGGCUGACCGGGGCCUGCUGGGAAUCCCAAGUGCUCUCUAUGCCCAUGAUGCUUUACGGCUCUGGGAGAUCAUUGCCCGGUACGUGGAAGGGAUCAUCCACCUCUUCUACCACGGGGAUGACGUCGUGAGAGGGGACCCUGAGCUGCAGGCCUGGUGUCGGGAGAUCACUGAGGUGGGGCUGUGCCAGGCCCAGGACCGAGGUUUUCCUGUCUCCUUCCAGUCUCGGGCUCAGCUCUGCCAUUUCCUUACCAUGUGCAUUUUCAGAUGCACUGCCCAGCAUGCAGCAGUCAACUUCAGCCAGCAUGACUGUUUUUUCUGGGUCCCUAAUGCCCCAUGCACAAUGCGGAUGCCCCCUCCUACCACCAAGGAAGAUGUGACAAUGGCCACACUGAUGGGCUCACUCCCAGAUGUCCGGCAGAGCUGUCUUCAGAUGCUUUUGAUGAGGCAACUGGACCAGCAGCAACCAGACAUGGUGCCCCUGGGGUAUCACACAGAAGAACAUUUCUCAGGCCCUGAGCCCAAGGCUAUUUUAAGACAAUUUCAAGCAGACCUGGACAACCUGGAAAGGGAGAUAGUGGCCCGGAAUGAGCAGCUAGACAUUCCCUAUGAAUACCUGAAGCCGAGCUGCAUAGAGAACAGUGUUGCUGUCUGA